ACAGUCAGCAGUUGCGUAGCUUUAAUGUUGACCACUCCCCCUUGCUUAUGCCAGCCAAUGACGGAACGAAACACGCGUCCAUAGUGCAGUGGUGACAAAGGAGGAAGUGUAGUCGAGAGAGUUAAGAUGCCGGCUGUGCCGCUUCUGGUCAAUGUUGGCUUCUCGCUGUUGGGCGGCCUGGCGACAGCUGUUCUCAUCCCGGCUUUCCAGAAUCACUUCAUCGCGGCCAGACUGUGCGGGAGAGACCUAAACAAGUCAAGCAAUAAGGAAAUCCCGGAAUCUCUAGGAGUAAUCUGCGGCGCAGUGUUCCUCCUCAUCCUAUUUUUCUUCAUUCCUGGUGUCCUAUAUUAUGUAUACAUGGGGAUGCUGGCAGUGUUUUGUACCAACGCCAUUAAUAUUCUGGCUGGAAUCAACGGUCUGGAGGCUGGUCAGUCUUUAGUCAUUGCUGGUUCUAUAAUAAUCUUUAAUGUUGCAGAACUGAAUGGUGAUUGCCGUGAUGAUCAUCUCUUUUCCCUCUACCUUAUUAUUCCAUUCUUUUUCACCACGUUGGGGUUGCUGUACCAUAACUGGUAUCCUUCCAGAGUCUUUGUUGGUGAUACAUUUUGUUACUUUGCUGGAAUGACUUUUGCUGUGGUUGGCAUUAUUGGGCACUUCAGCAAAACUAUGCUGUUAUUCUUCAUUCCCCAAGUGCUGAACUUCUUAUAUUCAUUGCCACAGCUACUGAACAUAAUCCCAUGUCCACGUCAUCGCCUUCCAAGUUUUGACCCCAGCACAGGAAAACUGAAUAUGAGCUACUCUAAAUUCAAAUCAAAAGAUCUGUCUGAAAUCGGAACUCUUUUUAUGAAGGUUGCUGAAGCUCUUCAUGUUGUUGAUGUCAAACGACAGAAGGGUGGAGAAGAAUUCAUGGAGAUCAGUAAUCUUACCCUUAUAAACUUUGUACUGAAGAUUAUUGGGCCAACUGAAGAGAAAAAUCUAACAAUACUUUUACUUGUGAUCCAGGUUCUAGGAAGCUGCUGUGCCUUCUUAAUUCGAUACCAACUGGUUCGACUUUUCUAUGAUGUGUGACAUCCACCAUGGUCUGUACUUGAAGGGUUCCUAAUGACCUUGCUGCUGCUUAAAGGCCAUCCCUAGUAUAUUAUAUGACUAAUAGUUGUGUCAGAGAAGCUGUCACGUGGUUAACAAUGGGGCCCAUCCUCCCUUUUUACAACAAUGCAGUGACAUUUCUUUUCUGUGUACCUGGAAUGGGUACUGUUACAUUGGCUGUUUUGAAGAAGAUGAAGCAGGAUUUUUGUUAAAUAUUGAACAUUUUAUGUUUCUAAUUUGUCUUUUAAUUCACUUUACACUUCAUGUUAAUGUGAUAUUUUCUGGAGAGGAAUUCAUACGAGCUCUGUUUUAUUUUUAUAAAAAAAAUAAAAUAAAAUAAAAACUAUAAAGUAUUUGUGACUACCAG